ACCCGCUACCUUCACGAACACGGACUUGCGCUGGGGGUCCAUCCACACACGUGGCUCUCCGCCGUGUGCCUCCUACACCACAAAUAUUGUGCUCACCUCUAUGACGGGACUGACCUUGAACUCUCUGAACACCCAGUCAGCGAAGAAGUUGUUCACCUGCCAACUGUGCGGCAAGGUACUAUGCAGCAAAGCAUCCCUGAAACGCCACGUUGCUGACAAACACGCCGAGCGACAGGAGGAGUACAGAUGCGUCAUCUGCGAGCGGGUGUACUGCUCGCGUAAUUCCCUGAUGACCCAUAUAUAUACCUAUCAUAAGAGCAGGCCCGGCGACAUUGACAUUAAGUUCUUUUGAAGGUUUAGAUAAGGUACGGGCAACGGGACGCAUCCGGCACCGACGACGCCUCCCACUGUCGUGUACCGAAUGCC